AUGUCGUACCAGGGUUACGGCCAGCCCUACGGCCAGCCGCCUCCUCCCCAGGGUUACGGCCAAUACCCCCCGCCGCAGGGACAGUACCCUCCCCAGGGCCAAGGCCAGUAUCCGCCUCAGGGCCAAUACCCUCAGGGCCAGUAUCCGCCUCCGGGACAAUAUCCACCCCAGCAGCAAGGAGGCUACUAUCAGCAACCCCCUCCCCCGCCUCCAGGCCAGUACCCUUCGUACGGCCAGCCGCCGCCACAGCAAUACGGCGCGCCCCCGCCUCAGCACUAUGGCCACCACUCACCGGCACCGCCGCCAGGCCAGUACGGCGCGCCUCCGCCGCAGCACGGUGGUUCAUACGGAGCGCCGCCUCCUCAGCAAUACGGCCCCCCGGUCCCGCCCACGCCCCCUUCUCCUGGGUAUGGCGCGCCUCAGAUCAUACAGUGGGACGGCUCCGCGGAUGCCCAGGCCCUCCGCAGCGCCAUGAAGGGUUUCGGCACCGACGAGAAGGCGCUCAUUCGAACGCUGUCGAACAAGGAUCCGCUCCAAAUCGAGGUCCUGCGAAAUGCCUUCAACCGUAACUUCAAGCGCGAUCUUAUCAAAGACAUCAAGAGCGAGACUAGCUCGUGGUUUGAAUAUGGGCUGGUCCAGCUCGCCCGUGGGCCCCUCUCCGCUGAUGUGCACAACCUGUACGAGGCCAUGUCUGGCCCCGGCACCAAGGAGCUCGUCCUCAACGACAUUCUCCUCUCGAGGUCCAACGCCGACAUGAAGGCCAUCAAGAGCGCAUACUACCAGACGUACCGCAAGAGCCUGGAGAACGAUGUCAAGGGAGACCUGAGCAUGAAGACGGAGAGGCACUUCCUCAUGGUUCUGGCCGCAACGCGUGCCGAGGACGCUGCCCCCGUUGUGCCUCAGCAGGUCGACGACGAUGUGAUGCAGAUCUACAAGGCCACCGAGGGCAAGAUGGGAACCGACGAGAUCUUGGUCUGCAGCAUCCUGACGAGCAGGAACGACAACCAGAUUCGUGCCAUCGCCCACUCCUACAAGCAAAAGUUCAACCGUGACCUGGAAAAGGUCAUCAAGUCGGAAUUCUCGGGCCACAUGCAGGAUGCGCUUCUCUUCCAGCUUCGAAACGGCGUUGACAAGUACAUGCACGCCGCAGAUCUCCUCGAGGAGUCCAUGGCCGGCAUGGGCACCAAGGAUCACCUCCUCGUGUCCCGUGUCGUCAGAUUCCACUGGGAUCGGAACUUCCUGGCCAACGUCAAAGGCGCCUACCAGCAAAAGUAUCGCCGGAGCCUGGCGAGCCGCAUCAAGGGCGAGACGUCGGGCGACUACGAGAGGCUCAUGGUGGCUUGCAUUGGGGAAUGA